AUGCACCCCCAGUCCAAACCCCCCGCCGGCCCCAUGCCCCCCGACCAAGCCCCGGCACGAUCCCGCGAUUUGGCGAACUGGCCAACGCGCUGCAGUACUCACGCGCGCGCCGCUUCGCGUACCCGCUCCUCCUCGCCACCCCCGUCCCGCCCACAGCAGCCCACCAACUCCCCCCACCGCGCCAACUGGCGCCCUGGCCCCGACGGGCCACCACCGACGACCGCCCACCGUCCCGGACCGGGGGAGUUCCCACCGUGCGCGGGCGGGGUUACGGGGGCACCGGCGCGCCGGGGGCUGUCUCGCCACAGGGGCCCAUCCUCCAGGGCCCCCGCUGCCAGCUCCCCGCGCCCUCGGUACCGUCCACGCAACGCCACGCACACCCACGAUGGGCCUCCAUGCCCGAGCCCAGGAAGUCGAGUCCAGGUCGCCUCUACACAGACUCACCGACCAUAUUUGGGUGGUCAAAGUCCAUGCAGCAGUUAA